AAAAAAAUGUCUAUGUAAAAAAAAAAACCACCUUAUUAGUCAGGGUUAUUUCCCUCUCUCUCUUUACAAGGAGGAUAUCCUUUAUGUAACUAAAAAUUACAUUUUCAAAAAAGAAACAAAGUAGCAGGAAGUGUAUCCAAACCGAGCAAAGAAACCAAACUCCUCCUCUGACCCCUCCCUCUCCCCCCGGAUAUCCGUCCUGUCUUGCUCUCCUUUCUUUCACAGCAGACUCCCAAGUCCUCUGCACUUUUUCGUCUCCUCACUCUCUCCCUCGCCUCCCCAGCCACAAUCUGGCUUACGCCUGCCCAGCCCCCAUGGGCAGUUCUCACUCUGGCCACCGGUCACCUCUGGCUUGCCAUUAAAUCCAGUGGAUCUUUUUGUUGUUGUUGUUUAAAUCAGACUGAGACUGCGGAGAGGGGACCUGUGCGUCCUUCCAGGGCUUCUGCAGCCCAUCUCUCUCCUCCUCCUUCACUUUCUCUGGCUGCUGCCCGGCCCUGGUCCAAGUUCCUUUCCCUUUCCUUAUCUCUCAAUGUCGCCCUUCUCAGCUGCUUCAUCCCAGAACCCUGCUCUUCCCGCACUUCAGCCCAGAACCAGCUACCUAAUUUGCGGGGUGCAUUGCAAAUGAAAAUGUGGGGUCCCUUGUUCAAAAUGAUUAAUAAUGUGAAGAUAGAGCAAACCGUGAAACCAAGUGCAGAGGGCCCUUCCAGGCAGGGCGACCCCCAAGACUGCACAGGUCGCUUGCCCGUGCAGCCGGUCCUGCUUUCCUCUCUUCUGGGCAUGGCCUCUAGCAGCUCUUGUAUACCUGUUCCUCCUCCCAGGCUCUCCAGCUUGGUGGCCACGCCACCAUCCCCCGGGAUCUGCCCUCUGAGGGUCCUUGGGGUAGACAGAAUGCACCUCUAAAGAUAUCCAGGCAUGAAUCCCUGAAACCGAUGAAUAUGUCGUAUCAUGUAGCAAAGGGACUUUGCACACAAGAUUAAAGUUAGGGACCUUAAGACGGGGAGAUUAUCCUGGCGUGAUGGUUCAUUUUACUUGUCCGCUUGGCCAGGCUGUAGUACCUGGUUGUUCAACCAAACACUAACCCAGGUAUGGCCGGGGAGGUGUUAUGUAGGUGUGACUAACCUCUAUACCCAGCUGACUCUAGGUAAAGGAGACGGCCCUCGAGAAUGUGGGUGGGCCUCACCCAAUCAGUGGAAAGGCCUUCACUGCAAAAUGGGGAAGAAAUUCUGCCUUAAAGACCACAGCAUCGGGGACUUCCCUGGCGGUCCGGUGGUUAAGACUCUGCCUUUCCAAUGCAGGGGGCGUGGGUUUGAUCCCUGGUUGGGGAACUAAGAUCCUGCAUGCUACGCGGCGGGGCUCAAAACAACCACCAAACCAAACCAGAAACAAAGACCGAGGCGUCAGCUCCUAGCCUGACUGAGAGUUUCCAGUCUGCCUUAUGGAAUUCAGGCUUGCCAGCCCUUAGCAUUGCAAACUCCCAAUUCCUUGACAUAAAUUAUGUAUACUUCUGUAUUAGCUUGUGCUGAUUACCAGGUCAUAUAUGAAUACAUCUCCAUUACCGAUGGUGAUAUAUGUAUAACGCCUGUGUUUUCCAGGUGGGCCGAGCCAAAUCACAUGAGCCCUAAAAGCAGAGGAGCUUUUCUGGCUGGAGGGAGGAGGGAGAUGGGGCAGGCCUGCAAAUCAGGGACACCUGAAGCAUAAGAGGGGCUCAACUUACCGUUGCCAGAGGACAGACACAGGGAAAACACCGGAAGGAUGCAGGCAGCCUCUUGGAGCAGACCAGCCCCCAGCUGACAGCUCAGCAGGCACUGGCACUCGGUGAUGUCAUGACCUUUCUGUGGACGAGUCGCUCCCGGCAGGGAUAUUCAUCCCGGGAACUCUCCAAAGCAGGGUGAGAGCUGCCCCUCCGAGGUCACAUCCAUCCUUUUGCUGGUCUUACUGCCUGACCUUGUGUGUUUUUCUCUCUCUCUUUCAAGCCCACACACACUCCCUCAACAGCUGCAAUCUGGAAGAAAUUAUUCUUCUACACAGCCAGACUUCCCCAGUUUCAGGAAAUUCCAGGCUGGCAGGGGGAGGGGCCGAGCUGGGGGCCGCCCUGUCCAUCCAUCCAUCCCCCGCCCCGUCUGCCGUGUUCUCUGGGCGGGCGCACACCCAGUGCCAGCCUCCUCCCCUGGCCCACACUCAGCCCGGAGGGGCCUCAGCUUUUCCACCGCUACUUCCUAGUCCUUUAAAUCCUAGAGGCAAACUUUUGGGGGAUAAGGAAGGCUGGGAGGGACCUACGCCUUAACCCUCUCUGCCCCAGACACACUGAGCUGCACUGGGCGUGACUCUGCGCCCCUUUGGGCUCCUACUAUGGCCCCCGAGAGGGGCUGACACUUCAGAUCCCGGUGCAGGUGAGAUCCCGCCCGGAGGAAGAAGGAAGAAGGCGCGGGCCUGGGACUGGGAGGCGGAGGCGGGCUCCGAACCAAGAAGACGGGGUUCCCAGCUUGAGCCGGAGCCUGAGAGUUUGCCUGCCUGGUUCAGCGGGGACCACGAGAUGCCGGUCCUGAAGCAGCUGGGCCCCGCGCAGCCCAAGAAACGGCCGGAGCGCGGCGCUCUGUCCAUCUCCGCGCCGCUCGGCGACUUCCGGCACACUCUGCACGUGGGGCGCGGCGGCGACGCCUUCGGAGACACUUCGUUCCUGAGCCGCCACGGCGGCGGGCCACCCCCUGAGCCCCGGCCGCCGCCCGCGGGAGCCCCGCGCUCCGCGCCGCCGCCCGCCGUGCCGCAGCCCCCGCCGCCCGCCCUCCGCGCGCCAGCGCCCGCCGACCCGCUGCUGUCCUUCCACCUGGAUUUGGGCCCCUCCAUGCUGGACGCAGUGCUGGGCGUCAUGGACGCGGAACGCCCGGGCGCCGCUGCCGCCAAGCCCGACGUGGACCCCGGCCCCGGGGCGCAGCACCCUAGGGCCCGUUGCCUCCCCAACGCGCACCUCGAGCUGGACGACGUCAUCGGCCUGUAGGCACCCCCAUUCCCUGCGCCCUUACCGUCCAGCUCCCCACUUCUUUAUACAUAAACCGACAAGGUCUGUG